AUCCUCAUCCCACAUUUGAAAUUGAAGGAAGUGACUCAGCUUUCUUCUUCAAAGAAAUUAAACACAAUAACUAGGAUACCAUAAAAUAAUAGAAAUGGGGAGAUCUCCAUGUUGUGAUGAAAUUGGUUUGAAGAAAGGACCUUGGACACCUGAAGAAGAUCAAAAGCUUAUUAACCACGUUAAAAAAUAUGGUCAUGCAAGCUGGAGGGCUCUUCCAAAACUUGCAGGACUCAACAGGUGUGGCAAAAGUUGCAGAUUAAGGUGGACGAACUACUUGAGGCCUGACAUUAAAAGAGGCAAGUUUUCUCAAGAAGAAGAAAAAACAAUUCUGGAUCUCCAUGCCAUCCUUGGAAACAAAUGGUCCGCAAUAGCAAGUCACUUACCGGGUAGGACAGAUAAUGAAAUCAAGAAUUUUUGGAACACCCAUCUCAAGAAAAAGCUAAUUCAAAUGGGUUAUGAUCCAAUGACUCACCAGCCUCGAACUGAUGAUAUCCUCUCAUGCUUUUCUCAUCUCAUAGCUCUAGCUAACAUGAAAGAACUCUUAGAUCUUCACAAUCACCAACCAUGGGAAUUUCAAAACCUUGCAAGGCUACAAGAAGAGACAAUCCAAUUGGCCAGGCUCCAACACUUGCAGCAACAACACCUCAUGCAUCCACAAGCUUCAACUGAGGCAGGUCCUAACACAGUUAAUAGUAUAAACAGUACCUUCAUGAACAACGGCACCAUCAAUGUUUCAAAUGGUGUUUCAUAUGAUGAUCAGUUUGAGAACAUUAUUGUGUCAUGUGAUGGAAUUGGCAGUGUUCAAUUUGUUAAUGAUUCCAUCCCUUUCUCUCACAUGCCUAAGUUGACAACACCACCUUCUUGUUCCUAUGAAGCACCAUUAAGCAAGGGCAUGGCUCAAUUUUAUCAAGGAGAAAGUUAUAAUCCCAAUUCUCCAUGGCUUCUUUCAUGUUCAAGUACUACCCCUUCUUCUCCUUCCCAUGUGGUUCCACCUGUGAUGGAGGCUUCAUUGACUAACAUGGAAGAUAAUUGCACUGUUUGGCCUGAACUCAUGCUAGAGGACCCUUUGUUCAAAAUGAUUUCCUAGUUUGAGAUUAAUUUGUGUAACGUGACAUGUAUUUUAGUUAUAUACUAGCUAGUCCUAUAAUCUUACAAUGUUUAUUAAUUCCUAUGUUAUGUGUUUGUUUGUAAUUGUAUACAAUGUUCAUUGUUAUGAGCAGAUGCAUGAU